AUGGCCGCUUACGUUUGGCGCUGUAAAUUUGAGAGGUUUCCGUUUCGGAGCCUUCGGGAAUGCCUCGAUGAGGACAGCGGGAGCUGUACGUGUUGCUUUCGACGCUGGAGCUCGAGUGCUGAGUACUCGAGCGGCAGAGAGAGUUUUUCGGAAGAUUGGAAAGACCGUACACGUGAUGCAUCGGAGUUGACGGGAAAGCGGAAGUACCCACGCGAGGCGCAGCCUGUUCGGAUAUGGACCAAUCCCCGAGAAUACGCGUUUUCAGAGUCAUGGCUAUCCAGCGAUAGUGCCUUCGACUUGAUUGCUAUGGAUGCGCAAGGGCGCCUAAGCACGUACCACUGGCACCGACGUCGGCUCCUACAUGAGCUAAGUACGAACAGCUCAAGCACGCGACGAGCAUCAUUUACUGAAGCCGAUUCCCGCAGCUCACCGGUACCGCAUUCACAGUCGGACUGGGAAAGCAGAGCCGCAAUCUUGCAGUCACGUGAUUUGCGGUUGCUGAAUCCGAUCUAUCGAGACCAACCCGUAUUUUUGAUGCGUUCUGACCUGAUUUUAGCUGCACUAGAUCGUCAUGUGUUGGCAAUCAUGCAACCAGGCAGACUUUUCCUGCAGCAACUAGCGUGCCCCGAAUCGAAGUCUCUGAAUGACCGCCUGAUUCAGUGGAUCCGCGUACGGCUGAGUGAGCACGGCAAUGCAUUCGAAGUGGUCGCUCUCGAAGCUCUGUUGGUGCUUGCCCACGAAACCCUCGCGCGACGAGCGAAUGUGGUCAAACUGGCACUUGAGGAGCGUCUUGCACCGUUCGCGAGUCACCCGAACAAGCGCUUACUCGAGGAAAUCCGCGUGUUGAAACGUGAACUCGCCUCUGUGGCUACCGAGGCGCAAAACUACAGUGCCGCGUUGGAACGCGUGCUCGGUGACGAUUUGCCGUGGCAUAUCGCUGAAAUGACGCUUGUAGUGGCGUCAUCUGGCGAUAUGCUGACAACGAGUAGCGAUCUGGAAUCGCUUUUGGAGAGCAGUAUGCAAAAGUUUCGGGGCUGGAGCCGCCUCGCAAACGAGUUAUGCCAUCGGGUCGGGAAUGCGGAGCAGAUUAUUGAGUUGAGUUUAGCAGUCACGCAGAUGCGCCUAUGGUCGUUCGAUGCCCUACUUCACCUCGUUACCGUGUCAGCGUUCCUGAUAAUGAUUCCACCCGAUUAUUUCGGGAUGAGCAUCUGGAUUCCGGUCUAUGAUCGUGUAGAUAUCUACUGGCCGUGGCUUCUUACUACGUUCCUUUUAAUGUUGCUCAGUUUCGGAUUCCUCGGGACUGGAAUUUGGAUACUUCGCAGAAAGAAGCUCCUGUUCCCUUUAUUUAAAUCGCGGGUAGAUCAUUAG